AUGCAGCAACCACAACAAUAUCUGACACCACAACGACUAUUGGUGCAGCAACAACAACAACUUUGGCUAGCACAACCACCCCUGAAACAUCCUCAACUGUUGCGCCAUCAUCGACAACUGUUGCAGCAACCACAACUAUAUCUGACACCACAACAACAGCUGAUGCAACAACAACAACCUUGGCUACCACAAGCACCCCUGAAACAUCCUCAACUGUUGCACCAUCAUCAACAACUGUUGCAGCUACCACAACUAUAUCUGACACCACAACAACAGCUGAUGCAACAACAUCAACUUUGGCUACCACAAGCAUCCCUGAAACAUCCUCAACUGUUGCACCAUCAUCAACAACUGUUGCAGCAACCACAACUAUAUCUGACACCACAACAACAGCUGAUGCAACAACAACAACUUUGGCUACCACAAGCACCCCUGAAACAUCCUCAUAUGUUGCGCCAACAUCGACAACUGUUGCAGCAACCACAACUAUAUCUGACACGACAACAACAGCUGAUGCAACAACAACAACUUUGGCUACCACAAGCACCCCUGAAACAUCCUCUAACUGUAGCGCCAACAUCGACAACUGUUGCAGCAACCACAACUAUAUCUGACACCACAACAACAGCUGAUGCAACAACAACAACUUUGGCUACCACAACCACCCCUGAAACAUCCUCAACUCUAGCGCCAACAUCGACAACUGUUGCAGCAACCACAACCAUAUCUGACACCACAACAACAGCUGAUGCAACAACAACAACAACUUUGGCUACCACAAGCACCCCUGAAACAUCCUCAACUGUAGCGCCAACAUCGACAACUGUUGCAGCAACCACAACUAUAUCCGACACCACAACAACAGCUGAUGCAACAACAACAACUUUGGCUACCACAAGCACCCCUGAAACAUCCUCAAAUGUUGUGCCAUCAUCGACAACGGUAGCACCAACAUCGACAAUUGAUGCAGCAACCACAACUGUAUCUGACACCACAACAACAGCUGAUGCAAUAACAACAACUUUGGCUACCACAAGCACCCCUGAAACAUCCUCAACUCUUGUGCCAUCAUCGACAACUGUUGCAGCAACCACAACUAUAUCUGACACCACAACAACAGCUGAUGCAACAACAAUAACUUUGGCUACCACAACCACCCCUGAAACAUCCUCAACUGUAGCGCCAAUAUUGACAAGUGAUGCAGCAACCACAACAAUAUCUGACACCACAACGACUAUUGGCGCAACAACAACAACUUUGGCUACCACAUCCACCCCUGAAACAUCCUCAACUGUUGCGCCAUCAUCGACAACUGUAGCGCCAACAUCGACAACUGAUGCAGAAACCACAACGAUAUCUGACACCACAACAACAGCUGAUGCAACAACAACAACUUUGGCUAGCACAAACACCCCUGAAACAUCAUCAACUGUGGCACUAACAUUGACAACUGAUGCAGCAACCACAACUAUAUCUGACACUACAACGACUAUUGGUGCAACAACAAAAACUUUGGUUACCACAAGCACUCUUGAAACAUCCUCAACUGUACCACCAACGUCAACAACUGAUGCAGCAACCACAACUAUAUCUGACACUACAACAACUAUUGGUGCAACAUCAACAACUUUGGUUACCAUAAGCACUCCUGAAACAUCCUCAACUGUAGCGCCAAUAUUGACAACUGAUGCAGCAACCACAACAAUAUCUGACACCACAACAACAGCUGAUGCAACAACAACAACCUUGGCUACCACAAGCACCCCUGAAACAUCCUCAACUGUUGCGCCAUCAUCGACAACUGUAGCGCCAACAUCGACAACUGUUGCAGCAACCACAACUAUAUCUGACACCACAACAACAGUUGAUGCAACAACAACAACUUUGGCUAUCACAAACACCCCUGAAACAUCAUCAACUGUGGCACUAACAUUGACAACUGAUGCAGCAACCACAACUAUAUCUGACACUACGACGACUAUUGGUGCAACAACAAAAACUUUGGUUACCACAAGCACUCUUGAAACAUCCUCAACUGUACCACCAACGUCAACAACUGAUGCAGCAACCACAACUAUAUCUGACACUACAACAACUAUUGGUGCAACAUCAACAACUUUGGUUACCAUAAGCACUCCUGAAACAUCCUCAACUGUUGCGCCAUCAUCAAGAACUGUUGCGGCAACAUGGACAACUGAUGCUGCAACCACAAUUAUAUCUGAUACCACAACAACAGCUGAUGCAACAACAACAACUUUGGCUACCACAGCCACCCCUCAAACAUCAUCAACUGUACCGCCAACGUCAAAAACUGACGCAGCAACCAUAACUAUAUCUGACACCCCAACAACAGCUGUUGCAACAACAAAAACUUUGGCUACCACAAGCACCCCUCAAAUAUCAUCAACUGUACCGCCAACGUCAACAACUGAUGCAGCAACCAUAACUAUAUCUGAUACCACAACAACAGUUGCUACAACAAUGACUUUGGCUACCACAAGCACCCCUCAAACAUCCUCAAUUGUAGCGCAAACAUCAACAACUGUUGCAGCAACCACAACUAUAUCUGACACCACAACAACAGCUGAUGCAACAACAACAACUUUGGCUACCAUAAUCACCCCUCCAACAUCCUCAGUUGUAGAGCCAACAUCGACGACUGAUGCAGCAACCACAAAAACAGUUGAUGCAACAACAACUUUGGAUAUAACAAGCACUCCUCAAACAUCCUCAACUGUAGUGCCAACAUCGACAACUAAUGCAGCAACCACAACUGUAUCUGACACUACAAGAACUGUUAAUGCAACAACAACAACAACUUUGGCUACCACAAGGAUCCCUGAAACAUCCUCAACUGUAGCACCAAUGUCGACAACUGAUGCCGCAACCACAAAUAUAUCUGACAUCACAACAACUGUUGAUGCAACAACAUUUACAACAAUGAAAACUAUUGGUGAGAUAACUGCUAUGGCUUCUACAAUCACAACCUCUUCAUUGGUAGUUGAGGGAUCAAUGACAGUAUCAACCACUACAGUUCAACCAACAACUAUAACUGAAACCACAGCCACUGUUCCUGCAAUAGUAACUUUAGCUUCAGCAUCCACAGUUUUGGCUCCCACAGUAAACCUUACCUCAACAUUCUCAACUAAAGCACCAACCAAUUCAACUGUGCCUGAAACAAAACCAAAACCAACUACAGCCAUGCCUAUAUCAUCAGCAACUGCCACUGUUACAUCAGUAAAGCCAAUCACUCAAACCGCCAUAUCAGGAAUUAUACCCUCAAAUGUCAGUCAGGCAGCAAUAACCCAAAUCAUCACAACUCCAACUCCAAAAGUGACAGACAGGACAUCUCAGAAACCUGGAGAAUCACCAAAUGUGAUUGGGAGGGUGAUUAUUUACAUUCGGCUCAUAUUUAUCACACUGGGCCCCAUACCAAGUGAGGGUAAAAUAGUACAGUUAGCUAACUCUCUGUUGGGCUCACGUUUUAGAAUCAAACGAGAUCUAAGAGCACAAAGACUAAGUAGCCCUGUGAGCUUUGUGAAUGUUACUUAUACAAAAAUUUCUGAUACAUCAUAUUCCCUGAAUUUUGGAUUUGAAAUCAACAAUGUUUCCAUGUCUGAGACACUUGAACUCAGGGAUAGCACAUAUACGUUAAUCCAGGACUCUAUAAAUAAACUGCUGAACCAGAUCCUAACUGACCCCACAGCCACUCCAUUUGUGUUCAAUAAAGCCAAUUUCACGGGUAAUUCCACCACUAUUCAGGCUGAUGUACAGUAUGUUUUCUCAGAAAGUGACAUCAAGACACCCAGUGCCUUUCUUUAUGCACUUCUUGUGGUUAAUAAUGAGACUAUUACCACAACUACACCUACUACAACAAGAACCACCUUUUACCCCACAUUGCUGAGCACUACAAUCACAAACAACAGCACUAGCGCAGCAUGGGUUGUGGCCAUUAUUGUCCCUUGUGCUAUUGCCAUCAUACUUGUACCUUGCUGGAUUCUCCUUUGUUGUUUGCUCUGUGGAUGCUGUACAGCAUUAAGAAGACGUUGGCACAGAAGACAGUCAUACAAUGUACAAUACACCACUCGAAACAGCCUUUUCUAGAGAACUAGAGACUUGUUUGAAGAAGGGAAAUACAUUAGCAAAAAUGACUUAUGCUAAUUACUUAUAUUUCUAAUCCAAAUUGUGACUGGUACUUUAAGAUCAGAUUUAUCUUUCCAUAAUUAAUAUGAUAUCUUAGAAAUUUUAUGAUACACAAUUUACUAUUUAUUAUUUUCUUGUGCCUGUAUUGCUGGACAGACAGGAUCUUAAAUUGUGAUGAAUGUAAUUUAUAUCAGAAUUUCUCAGAAAAAAAAUAUAUUUAAUAAUUUACAAUGUUUACAUUUUAAUAAUAAUAAUGUUUGUUUUCGAAAUAAUUUAUUUAUUACACAUUUAAUUUUAAGGGGCAAUCUGGAUAAUAUUAAACCUAUUCACACUUUAUGCAAUUUAUCUCCAUUUGUAAUCAUUCAAAUCACUUUUGCUGUAAUCUCACAAGAUUUCCCCACAGCUGCUGACAGGACAUUUGUAUUUCAGUAAGGCAUCACACAAACCCUAAAGCCACAAACAGCUGACUUCAUCUUUUAAAUCACAACCACAUUGACUACUGUUGAUCUAAUAGGACACAGUGUAAACACUAUGCAUACUAUGUCUAAAUAAAAACCUUAUAAUGUUGAAAAAUAACAAAUCACAUUUAUUUUAA